AUGAGUGUCGACAACUAUAUACAAAACGCAUGUAUCAGGGUACCGGCGCCCAAUUUUCACGGCAAAAGGCUGGUGGAUAUCUACAACCAUCAUCUAUCUCUUCGAGACUUGCACAAAGAAAUUCAUCCCCUGUAUUUCAUUGUCGCUGAUAAUGCCGAUUUCAAAAACAAGGGCCUACUCGGUGUGCAUCUAGAUUGUGGACUGGGCUUGGAUAUGGAUAUGCCCGGUGCCACGGGUUCCCAAGUUGAUAUUUUCCGCUGCGGAACCGAUACUGCUGCUACUAUUGGUAUGAAUUUGGACGUAGGAGAUGUCGCACGGUAUGAUUAUAAGGAGGAAGAAGAAGAAGCUUUCGGAGGGUUUGUUGGGAAAGAUAUAAAUGUAAUGCUUGAACUGCGCCAGCAGUCUCAAUAA